AUGUUCGAAGUGUAUUUGGCUGAGUAUACAGCAAAAUUUGACGAAUUGCGCGUCGAAGUCGAAGACCGGUCGAGACAUCUCUCGCCGUUUCCAAACCCUCCUUGGGUUCAGUCAUGGAUGAGCGGUGCCAAUAUUUCAUCCGGCGGGAUCGUCCAGAGGACGUCGUUCAGAAGAGGCAAUUCUGCCCCUAAAUCCCGACCAAAGAUCAGCACCACCAAAAAGUUUCAAAAGCAACAAGCUCAGGCCACAAAACUCCUCGAGUUUGCCAAAUCGCCUGUGCUCCUGAUCCUGGCCGCGGGAAUGCCAUCCGCCAUCUACUCCACCAUUCUCUCCGAGACUCCAGACGACCUGCUCAUAGUAGACAGCAACUUGCGGUCGACGUUGAGCCAGUGUAUUACUGGAUUUUCAGGGCUGUAUGUUAUCGUCAGGUCAAUGUUCAACAGCAGCGACAAGGAUAAGAUCCAGACGGGUUUCCCGAAGGUCUUUUACACAAUGCUCGUAUUGUCAUUUACAACCAACAUCGUACGCGCCGUAGCUUACGCUUGGAGCCCACCGACUAGCAUUCCGCUGCCUUAUGUAUCUGGAUUGACGCUUAAUAUUGCAACACUUCUGAUCAUCCAAGAAUUGGGCAGUCAGAUCAAGCAGACAAACGGAGAAAACGCAGACCUAGCGGUCGAGGUCGAUACCCGGAGAUGGAGCUUGCCGGAUAUCGGGCACAGAUACGAUAAAAGUCAUUAG